AUGGGUCUUGUGGGUGGCUCAAUCUCCAGGCAUUCUGGCUAUAAGCACGCCGCCUUUAAAGGACAAAAAUUGAUCGGAAUGUUGAGAGAAGUAAGGAUGCGAAGUACAAUAACUGGUGUUCAAUUCGCAGCGUGGGGUGGUAUGUUCAGCACGAUCGAUUGCGGGCUGGUUGCUAUUCGAAAAAAGCCGGAGGCUCUUGAUGACCCUAGGAAUUUACCUCCUCCCAAGAGUCACGCGGAGCCUGGUUUGCACGACAGUCACUCUACGAUGCCUUUUGGUCUACCAUCUGCACUUCCAAAUAUGUCU